AUGUCUCACUUAAAUACCAACGACAACGGUCCUCUUCCAUCUGACCAUGUCACCUCCAUCAGCGGUGAUCUCUUGGAAGACGUUCAUAUCGACUUUGGUCAGGAAGAAGAAGAAGAAGACUCUGUGUUUGACCAUAAUCUGAUGCAGUACCUGGACCAACUGCCUAUUGCUGCACCGCCUGCUGAUGCAAAGUACAGCGCCUCUUUUGUGGACAGUGUACUAAAUGGCAUUGACACAUUCAAGCACUUGAACAACGAUACGGAUGAACCCUUUAUCAGUUCCUUGCUUGACUAUAGUCAGUUUGAGGAGGCUUACUCUUCGGGAGAAAAAGUAGCAGAUCAAGCAUUUUCAGUGGCAGUGGAGCAGCCUAGAGGUUACGAUGAUCAACAAGAGCAAUUGUAUCAGGAACAAGAGGAGAUUCCAAUUCAAUUCAAUAUGCACCAAGAUGACCAGAGCUCUGUCAUGCAGCCAGCGCUAUCUGUAUAUCACUCUACAGACUACUCGGGUUAUCCCGAUCUCAUCCACUUGGGCCAGGAUCAGCCAAAUGACGAAGCAUUUGAAGACAGGUUUCUCACGCAACGUAAGGCUGAACUGGAUGCUCUAUUCGAUAUGAAUGAAAAUACCUUCAAAGACUAUUCGUCUUGGUUUUACUAUCCAGAUGAUGACGCCUCUCAGAUACAUCCAAAGAACGACAUGGCACACCCAACAACAAACGCGUUGAACCAUAAAACAUUCUCGACUGAAUAUCCUAUUGAAAGCAAAUAUGAAGCAAAGGACCCCUUCUCUACUACAGAAAUCCCUUUUGAAAAGCACCAUCUCACUUCAAAGACACAGCCUCAAGCCUCUGUAGACUUCACUACCAAUUAUGCUUAUGACGAUGUGAGCCAUCAAGGCGUGAAUGGCUUUUUACAAACAAGGGGGGCCAUUGCUGCUGAAAAACUGACUCCAGCUGGACCUGAUCCUCUCAGUAUUCACGAUACAAACGACCACUACAAGCCAUCCGCUGCUACUCCAACAAGCCAUGCCAAAACGACUUUACAAAGAAGGGCUCGACCAAGCUCUUCCGUCAAUAUCUCCAAAGCUGAUUUCAUGUCUGUGAGCUCCACCUCUUCUUCCAAGCGUGGCAUGAAUGAAUCCAAGGACAGCUUUGCUAAGUACAUUGCGGGCACAAGUACCCCCGUUAAAAAGAACAGCAAGCGAAACUUGGGUAAGAAGCAAAAGUCGAGCAGCAUGCAACAUGUGGGCAGCAGCAAGCAAGGCGUCACUGUACUGAAAGAGGUGGACAAGAAUGCACCAAGCACCGGCAACAGCUCACAUCGUUAUAGUAUGCGUACGCGUACCAGUCCUGGUGUCAUUCGCAAAACUUACAGCACACCCAACAAGCCCAUGAAAUCUCGUACCUUCAACUUUAGUAGUAGUAAGAGGCAGUAA